CGAAGAAGAAGAAGAAGAAGCAUAUUCGAGACCAACGUCACCGAAAAAUGAAAGGCUCAAAACGAAUCCGGAAAAGCACAAGCUUGAUGAAAUAAACAUCAAUCCUGCGUGCUUGUCAAAACUGCAACGAAUCAAAUCUUACAGAUGGUCAACUAAGUCGUCCAAAUCAUAUUUCAUUGGCUUACUUUUUUGUUUCGAAGUUUGGCUUCCCAGCAAAGGUGCAUUUUCACGAGGGGAAAGUCUUGAGGUUUCCUUGGAAUAAAUAAAAGUCCCAGGUGACAAGAGCUGGUUGUUGACCAACUGGGACAAGCUAUUAUUCAUCCUCUUCUAGACAGACUACUUGCCAAUCUGCCCUUGCUUCUGAAGGAAAUCGAUAAUGAGAUUGGCAGGGCCACUGCGAGCUGUGGCUGUGCUGCUAUUGGUGGGCCUCACCUGGGUGUUAGCCAGCUCCAUACUUGGAGGGGACAGUAGCUCAUUGGUCAAACACUUCUUCAGUGGGACAAAUGAGGAGCCAACAGUUGAGCCCAAACCACGCAGGUACAAGUGUGGUCUGUCGGCUCCAUGUCCUCAGAAACAUCUGGCCUUCCGUCUUGUCUCUGGAGCCGCCAACGUCAUUGGGCCCAAAAUCUGCCUGGAGGAUAAGAUCCUUGUGAGCAGUGUCAAGAACAAUGUUGGCAGAGGACUAAACAUUGCUUUAGUAAAUGGGGUAUCCGGAGAUCUCUUGGACACUAAAUCUUUUGAUAUGUGGGAAGGAGAUGUAACUGACCUGUUGAAGUAUCUUCGGCCCCUACAUGAGGGAACACUUGUGUUUGUAGCUUCCUUUGAUGAUCCUGCCACAAAGUUGAAUGACGAGGCGCGUCGUCUGUUUGAGGAGCUGGGUAGCACAGCCGUGAAGGAGCUCACCUUCAGAGACAGCUGGGUGUUUGUAGGAGCCAAGGGAAUCGAGAACAAGAGUCCAUUCGAACAGCGGAUGAAGAACAGUAAGAGCAGUAACAAGUAUGAAGGCUGGCCUGAGUCUCUCGAAAUGGACGGCUGUAUCCCCCUCCGUGCCGCCUUAGAGAAUUAAACACUCUGCAGGGACAUGCAUCCCUCCCUUCCUCCACUCUUCUCCUAACGAGUGCACACUCAUCAUCAUGGAUUUAACAAUGGUGGAAAUGGAAAUUCCCUCCAGCCAAUGCUUAGGCCCUACACCGAUCCAAUGCUUUUAAUAACGGGGAGUGUGCAAGACAAGUGCACAUUUUGGGAGAAGGGUGGAGAGUUGGAAUGCAGACCGUUUCUAAGGACUUGCACCUUUUGCGACCCAAGGUCUCUCUGGUUCUAAGGUUAGCAGCACAUAUAUAUCUGGAGAAACGAUAGAAGCAUGGACUAUGACAGUUUGACUAGCUUCGAUUUCCAGGCUUCCUCACGUUCAUUCUGAUUAGCGAGACUUGGAAUGGACUGGGACCAGAAAUCUGCCCUGGCAUUUUACACCACAGACAAAAAAAAAAUCAUCCCACCCAAGGCCCCCCAUUAUUAGCCAAAUAACGAUCAUUUUGUGCAAAAACAACAAUUUAGACAGGCCCACUGGGCUUAAGAUGGACCAACCCAUCUGGCAUUUACCAGAACUGCCCUAUGGCCAGUCUGUCCCUGAUGAGACUUGGCAGUAUGGUAUUGGUAAUGUAAGACUACAGUUAAGUUGGAAGAAUAAUGCUCUGUUACAAUAUCAUGGAACUACAGGCUCCUACAAUACUUUUUCUCACUUUCUAGUUUUUGGUCCAGUAAUGUGCUGCAAAGGACAUCUCUCGAUUGAUUGAUUGGAAUCUCACUGACAAUGCUGGAGCUCAAUAGGCUAGCUUGACUGAUGGUUGAAGCAACCGUUUGGACUUGACAUUUGAACUUGACAUUUAUUUAAUUAUUUGAGGACUAAUAAUGUUGCUGAAAGAAUGAACAGGUGACCACAAAUAGAGGAAAGGGAUAUUUCAGAGACCAAAUGUUUGAUGACCAAAUGCACAGAAGUGGAAAAAGUUUUUUUUAAAUGAUCCAAUAAUUAGAUGGUGGAUAGAAAAAUGAAUAAAUGAAACGAGUAAUGUCUGUAAAACUCGGCAAAUGCACAGGAGGCCAGAGAACGCUGCCUAUCUGAAUGGACAUCACGAACAGAAUACAAUUAGGUGUAAUAGUAAGUAGAUCAUGAGCAAUAACUGUUCUAAGAUAUUGUGUUUUGUGCUAAAUGAAGAUUAAAAUGCAUGAAUAUACAUUUUGUAUCCAAGGUUGAAUAUAUAAAAUUGACGAUUUCAAUUAAGUUGUGGCGGUCUGCUAUAAUGCCAUCUCCUUGUCAUGUCAAACAUUUGGCUUGACAAAGGGCAAGUGCAAUGGAGUUGCCAGGAGCACAAACAGAUCUGGUACCAGGCUAAAGUGCUAAUAAUCCACCUUUUCUUAUAGAUAACUUGCUGUGCAGCAAUCAUUGUUUGUUUGGCAAAUGUAUACAGUGUAUUUAUGAGUAAUCUUGUGUAUUUUACGUGGAAUAGAACUAGUUUAGAAUCCUAAAGAAACUUAUUUUUACACCUCGUAGGCUAUAUUCAUGAAUUGCACACGUGAUGACAUUAGUGCCUAAGAUAAACAUUAUCUUUUGAAAUUGUACUGUUAGGUAACAACACUUUCCAUGUGUCUCAGGCUUGUCUUUACUUUGUUAUUUGGAUAUUGUGUAACUUUAUUUGCAUUUUCAUCAAAGACUGAUCAAAUCUAUCUGUGUGGAUAAAGUUAGAUAUUUAUCUCAAUUGUUUCCUUCUCUUUGAAUUUGAUAGUAAUAUAUACAUGAUUUGUCACAUUUAUAAUACACUGAAAACAAGCAUAGCAGAAUGUUUUAGGUUUUGGUCCAGAAAUAGAGAAAGUCCUAUGAGACCAUGUGUACUGUCGAAUUCUUACUAUUCAUUUGUGACUUAUACUAUUUUGUACAAAUAUUAAAAAUACCUCAAUA